GGGAGCCUCACCCAGCGUCUGCACAGCUGCAUGGGCCCUAAUUCCCUUUGCGCCCCUCCCCGCCGCCCGCCCCAAGAUAAUCCAUCAUUCUGUGGCCGAAACAUUAUUUCUCACGUUCUCCCCAGGAAACCCUAGUCGCCGGGCGGAAUCCCAAUUCAGCACAGCGUGGCCUCCAGAACCCCCGCUGUCUCACUGGGAGCUGCAAGGACCGGGUGGCGGGGAUUACGGAAUAGGGAUGGGGGUGGGAGUAGGGGCGGGUGGGGGUGAGUGGGUGGCAGGAACUGUCCUAAUAAGAGGAACGCUGGCAGUUUAGGACUCGCUGGCGGCGCCUGUGACUUCUCCGGGUGGCAGAGUCUGUGUGUGGUUUUUAACCUUUGGGACAGUUUAACCUUUGGGACAGUCCCCUAGAAGGGACAUGAAUUGAAAGAAGUAUUAAAGAGCGUCUCAUAAGAAUGCAGAGGACACCGUCGCGUGUCCCUUGAGAACAGGACUUUGCUGUGCGCCUGCAGUCCACGGAGGAGGAGCCAGUCUCUGCUCUCCCCAGCAGGUGUUAUCGGAAGAGGACUGGGGACUGGGAAAAGUUUAGGAUAAGAUUACUGUUGCUUUGCACCAAAGGGUAGGAUGUGGUGAAAGGAUGGGGCUCCUCUCUCGCUGGGCUCGCAAUGGCCAGAGAAGAUUCCGUCAAGUGCUUGCGCUGCCUGCUGUACGCGCUCAAUCUGCUCUUUUGGCUAAUGUCCAUCAGUGUGUUGGCAGUUUCGGCUUGGAUGCGGGACUACCUAAAUAAUGUUCUGACUUUAACUGCGGAAACAAGGGUGGAGGAAGCUGUCAUCUUGACUUACUUUCCUGUGGUUCACCCGGUCAUGAUUGCUGUUUGUUGUUUCCUUAUCAUUGUGGGGAUGUUAGGAUACUGUGGAACACUGAAAAGAAAUCUGUUGCUUCUUGCAUGGUACUUUGGAAGUUUACUUGUCAUUUUCUGUGUAGAAUUGGCUUGUGGUGUUUGGACAUAUGAGCAGGAAAUUAUGGUUCCAGUUCAGUGGUCUGACAUGAUCACUUUGAAAGCCAGAAUGACAAACUAUGGCUUACCUAGAUACCGAUGGCUUACUCAUGCUUGGAAUUUUUUUCAGAGAGAGUUUAAGUGCUGUGGAGUGGUGUAUUUUACGGACUGGUUGGAAAUGACAGAGAUGGACUGGCCUCCAGAUUCCUGCUGUGUUAGGGAAUUUCCAGGAUGUUCCAAACAGGCCCACCAGGAAGAUCUCAGUGACCUUUAUCAAGAGCUUCUCAGUGAUUUUCAUGCUAAUUUGAAAAAAUGUAAGAAUAGACUUGACCAUGCAAUGGAAAGAAUCUCUGUGCUAGAAGAAAAAAUGAUCAUAAUUUCUCAAAUGGAAGAAUACAGAGAAAUUUGGUUUAGGAGAAAUGAAGUAACCACAAGGAAUAUGGGUUGUGGAAAGAAAAUGUAUUCAUUUUUGAGAGGAACCAAACAACUGCAAGUGCUAAGAUUUCUGGGAAUCUCCAUUGGAGUGACACAAAUUCUGGCCAUGAUUCUUACCAUUACACUGCUCUGGGCUCUCUAUUAUGAUAGAAGAGAACCUGGAACAGAGCAAAUGAUGUCCCUGAAGAACGACACCACUCAGCAGCUAUCAUGCCAUUCAGUGGAGCUGUUGAAUCCAAACCUGUCAAGGAUAUUUCAACAUACACCCAUGGCAAACAGCUUUAACACACAUUUUGAAAUGGAGGAGUUAUAAGGAUUCAUUUUACUGGAUGUGUGAAUUCUUGAGCAUAUACUGACCUCUUUCAGAAAUGCGUAGAAAUAAAAAUGUUGCCAUAAACAGAUGCCUGUGCAUGUACUUUUCUACCCCAUAAAAUGAGGACAAAAAGUUCUAUAUCUAAAACUCUACGUGGACAUAAUAGAUGCCCUAUUAAUUCUGAGGCUUGUUCUCAUACCCACUUUGUAGUAUGUGUAAGAUUUUAACUGAACACAGUUAUGCUUUAAGGUUUAUGUUCCAGCAUAGUUAAACACAAUUUCUGCAUGUGUGUCAAUGACCAGCACUAGAGUGGGAUUGGAGGUACCAUAAACAAUUGAUAAUACUUCCAUAAGCUUGCUAGUAAUAUAAAAUACAAUUUAAUUAAUCACACAGGAAGUUAGAUAAUACUAAUAACUUUUAUUACUUGGCAAUAAGUGCUUUUGAGUCUGGAUGGAUUGCACAUAAGAUAACUGAAAAUUGGUGACUACCUUAAUGUGAUUGUUACUGGUUAUUAAAAUAGUCUUACUACUUACAAGGACAAAUUAAUAGUGUCUUAACCUGAUCAGGGAUCUAUGUCUGUACAUAAAUGUAUGUGUUCAAUUUGUAUAAUUCGGUAGAUUUCAGUGCUUAUAAUGUUAAGUUGUGAAAAGAGAUAUACUGUCUUGUAUAGCACAGUUAUUUCUAACUUUUCCGGGUAAUAGAGAUAUAAAAUUCUACCAUGGGUUUAUAAUGUGCACAUAACCAGAAAUUUAAAUACAUAACCACUAAUUUUGAAAUAUUUUCAGUGUAAUACAAAGGGACAAUUAUUAUUCAGGAUGUAGCUUGUUUUGCUAGGAAAUAUUAAUAAGAAAGUUUACAUAUAACUUGGUUUAAAGACUUAAAUACUAUCUUCCAGACCUUUUUUAUUUACACUCAGAUACCUUUUAAAAGAACUUAUCUUUGCUUUUCCAUGCAAGAAACAACAGUUGCCAAGUCUGAAUAUAAUUUUACAGAGAACAGCAUUUCUUUUCUCUAGUAAAAUGCUUUGGGGAAUCAUUAAAAUAAAUGAUAAUUUACUAGAGAGUUUCUUUGCUUUGCUUCACUGAUUAAAAUACUGUGGUGAAUGACAAAGAUAAUAAUUUUUUGCAAGAGUGAAAUAUAUUUAUUUGAAAUGGGAAAAGUGCAUUUUACUGUAUUUUGUGUACUGUGUUUAAUUCUCAGAAAGUGGAAAGAAAAUUAAAAUAUAUUAAUAAAUAAUUAUUAG